CUCCAACAGCUUCAACCCCCGAAACGGAUACCAAAGCGCCCCAUCCACGCGGCGUCGAAGCGAUCCAUCGAAGCCGAUAUCCAUUCGCGGCGGAGACCAACGACGACGCGAACGAGUCGCAGUUGGCCGUGAUUGGCCUCGAUGGGAAUUCUCCAGCACCGCCAAGCAAGCCACCGUGGAUCCGGACCUGAAGCUGGAUCCACUGUAGAGGUUAUCACUUAUCCUGUCUGUGAAUUCUUCCCUUUCGCACCAUUGGGGGCCUUGGGACGGUCGUUGGCAAUUAAUUUUUCCCCGCUUGAGUGGCGGCACCAGCCCCAGCGCUGCGAGAUACUUUCAAUCUGUUGUUCUUGGCACAACCGCGCAAGGUUGUUUUAUUUCCGAGAUACAAUUGGCCACGCUGCCUGGAUUUGGUACUCGAGGUUGCCCGCGUGAGGCCAAGACAACACUUCGGCUGUGACAUUUGGGGAAAGCAAGGAAACUCAAAAGUGUCUU